GUGAUCGAAAGAUGAGUGGCCCAGCAGCAACGGGGGAGCACGAAGAGGAGGAGAUGGCCGCGCUGGUGCCACGGCCGCCGCCGUCUCCAAUGAAAGAUGGGGACCUUCAAUGCAACGACGGCGGCAGCACCGAGUCGACUGAACAUGGGAUAUCAAAGGUCAAGCCACCGUCAUCUUGGACGUGGGGGAGGGUGGUGCCGACAAGGGGCAUCGGGCUGGUCAUGGGCGGCCUCUUUGUCCUUUCCAUGCUCGUCGGCAGCACCAGCAGCAACUGGUGGAGCCAGCUCGACUCAUCUACAUUUCAGCUAGGCACAAGCGUCAGCGGUGCAGCAAGGCAUGGAGGACAUGGACGUCCCCCUCACCACCACACCCCGUCAUCUGCAGCGCUACGCGUACCGAUACCCUUCAACUGCAUCAACGAGACGUCUUCCACAUGCCGCCGCGCAGCAACAUCCCCCUCUCCAUCACCAUCGUCGUCACCAUCAGUGCCCCUACCGUUGGCACCAUCUUCGACGUGCCCAGAGUACUUCCGGCACAUCCACAAGGACCUGUCGCCCUGGCGUGAGACGGGGAUCACGCGACAGGCGGUGGAGCGCGCGCGUCACUGGGCGUUCUUCCGGCUUGUGGUCGUGGACGGGCGCGCGUACGUUGUGAAGUACCGGCGUGCGUUCCAGACGCGGGACGUUUUCACGCAGUGGGGCAUCCUGCAGCUACUUGCCCGAUACCCCGGGCGCGUCCCGGACCUGGACAUCAUGUUCUUCUGCGGGGACAUCCCCCAGGUGCGCGCUGCCGGCUUCCCGAACCCGUCCACUGCACCGCCACUCUUUGGGUACUGCAAGGACGGCGCCGAGGCGCUUGACAUCCUCUUCCCGGACUGGACCUUCUGGGGCUGGCCAGAGGUGAACAUCCGGCCGUGGGCGCCGUUCCUGGAGGAGGUGAUGCCUGAGAACCAGCGCGUGCCCUGGCCGGAGAGAGAGCCCUACGCGUACUGGAAGGGCAACCCCACUGCAGGCGGGGAGGUGCGAGGUGACCUGAUGCGCUGCAACGCAUCUGAUGGCGGCAAAGACUGGAACGCGCGCCUCUUCGGGCAGGAUUGGAGAUACGCUAUCAGAAACGACUUCAAAGACUCAAACUUGGCCAAACAAUGUUUGUACAGAUACAAGAUCUAUGUCCAGGGGAGGGGGUGGUCGGUGAGCAGAAAGUACAUCCUGGCCUGUGACUCACUGAUGCUGCCCAUCGACUCGCCCUACCAGGACUUCUUCUCCCGGGGCCUCGUCGCCGGCAGACACUACUGGCCCAUCGACAACACCCGCAAGUGCCCGUCCAUCAAGUUUGCCGUCGACUGGGGCAAUGCCCACCCAGCACAGGCGCAGCGGAUGGGUGAGGAGGGCAGCUCCUUCGCCCGGGAGGAGAUGAGCAUGGACUACGUGUACGAUUACAUGCUGCACCUGCUCACCAACUACGCCCGGCUGCUCCGUUACAAGCCCACUGUCCCAGGGAAUGCCGUCGAGCUCUGCCUUGAGUCCAUGGCCUGCCCCGAGAGUGGCCGCUCCCGCGAAUUCUUGCUGGAGUCCAGGGAGAGGUACGUUGCCGACUACGAGCCCUGCACGCUGCCGCCACCAUUCACUGCCGACGAGGUUAAGGAGAUGGUCCGCAGGGACGAGGAAGUGCGUAGCAAAGUGAAAAGGAUGGAGGAGGAAGAGGAGAAGAAGACCUAGCUGGCUUACUGCAUGCUACACAUUUCAUAGCCAGGAUGGGUUAAAUACAGAUCAUUUACAUGCAAUAAUUAAGCAAAAAUAAAUCUAGUAGAUCCCAUACUUUCUAACAUUCAUGAAAUUGCAUCAGAAAUGUAGAGCAAAUAGUGUUGGCAAAAUUGCCUCAUGCACAUCCCGUACAGGGUUACUUGACCGACUAUCGCUAUAAACUUUUUGUUUGCUCUAAGACAGUGUAACCUCUAUAAGAACAAUAAUAUCAG